CCCCCCCCCCUCCCGGCCGCCUCCACCACCGCCGCACGCUGCGCCUGGCACACGCGCUAGAGCAUCACGCUCGCGCUGCACAGCUCCAGACGCAGCUAAGUAGACUCUGUUGCGCGCUCCGUGGGAGGGCGGUGGCAAGCGCGCCGUGUGCGCGUGCCUGGACGGCGGCGGCCCUUGCGCAGCCUCCCCCUGCCCCACAGCGGCUCGCACAGCCUACUCACGCCACGCAGCAGCUGCUCCUUGCGCUCGCCCUCACGCCUGGCAGCUGCUCGUUGCAAUGCCGCCGCUCUCUUGCCGUACGCACGCCGCUCGCUGCUGCACUGCCUUACAGCCGGCCCUCCUUCUUGCUCCUGCUUCUGGCACGCCGCCAAUCUUAGCUGCGCAUAGGCCAGCGCUCCUCCUCACGCCCCGCAACUGCAGCCUUGCUGUAAGGACGCAGCGCGUUUGGCUCAUCGCUGUACGACGCCACUCUUUAUCCUGCUUGCCUCCUCAUCGCGCUACGCUGCACCUCUCCUGCGCUCCUCCUCACAGCCCGCAACAGCUCUCCUCCUCACCACGCCUCCCAGCCUCUGCUCUGCGCUCUGUUGGCACGGUCGCGCUGUUCAAGCAUGUAUUCCGCGCCUUGUCGCCAACGCUUCUCCUGGCACGCCGCCACUCCUGUUUGCGGCGCCCGAGCCGCCGGCCCACCACGCACGGGACGCCAGACGCAGCAGCAGCCGCUCAGCACCCAGCAGGCCGCGGCGUGAGCGUACCCCGCAUCCGUCACGCGUUCCCACAGCACAGCCUCACGCACCACGCAAAGGCAGCCCACGCGGUGCUCCUCCUCUCGCUUGCCUUCUCUCCUCUCCUCCCUCUGCGUCUCUCCCCCGCGCUCUCUCGCGUCUCAAGGUGUCCUGCGUGCAAGCUGAUCCGCGGAACUCCGCGCCGCCUCAGCUCCGAAGCUGCGUGAGCUGCUGCAGCGCGCUCAGGGGGCAUCCGCCGCUGCACCGCCGCGCUUACGGCCCCGGCACCGCCCGGAGUCCGGCGAGCGCCCCGAGGGGCAGAUCGACGAGCGCAUCGCCACAUCGAGCACAGCGACAAGGUCCAAGCGCGAGCAGCGAGCUGCUUGUCUCUCGACCACCACCAUCACUACCACCACCACCACCCCGCGUCCCCUCUCUCUCUCUCUCUCUAGCAUCAAGCACGAAGCCAAGGUGCUC